AUGUUCAGACAAAAUAAAAGACGGUUAACUUCUCGUCGUAAUUUUCAAGAUCAGUAUUCAAACAAUUCAAUCAAACAUGAAUUAACAAAUGAUUCUUCAAUAUCGAAACUUAAUUUUUACAAUAUAGCCCCCACACAAGAAAUAACCCUUGAUAAUUUUGAAAUAUGGGCCAUUGACAGACUCAAAGUUUUAAUCGAAAUUGAAACGAUGUUAAGUAGAUCCAAAAAUAUCCGUGAUAUUGAAACUUCUGUCAAACCUAUUCUAAAUAAAUAUUUACCAAUGAACACGGCUGAAGAUCAAGAAAAGGAUUAUUACUCACAUUUUAUCUUACGAUUAUGUUUCUGUAGAUCCAAAGAAUUGCGUGCUCGAUUUAUUAAUACAGAAACAAUUUUAUUUAAAUUACGUUAUAACAUGCUAACAUCCAGUGAACAGACUAAAUUUGUGGAAGAUUUACAAUUAGAUAGUUUGAAAUAUAUUUCUGAUGAUGAGAAAAAUGAAUUUUCCACUGAAUUAUACUCUAUGAUCUCUCCACUUUUAACAUUCCAAUUGAAUCUAACAGAUGAAAAUUCUAAAAGAUUGUUUUUCCAAAACGAAAAAUUCAUUAAAUUGCCAUUUGAAAACGUUACAGAGUUAUUGAGUAAUCGACAAGUAUUUUUGCAUAAAGGUUGGGCAUAUAUCGGACAAUUUCAACAAUUAAACCUAUUGACUAAUGAAUUUUCUCAAAAAUUAGAAACAUCAUUAUUGAAGACAUAUUCUAUUCUACCGAAACUGAAUGAAGAUGAUAGAUUAUUACCGAUUAUCCAACACCUGUCCUCUGGUUAUAAUUUAAGUGAUCUAAGUAUUGGCAGUUCAUAUUUAUCCGGUAAUGCUACUGGAGAAGGUGAAAUUACAAGUGACAUGAUUUAUGAUAAAGAAAUGAUGAAAAAUUAUCCACUCAGUGUUCUCAAUCUAUUGGAAGGACUUCGUGAAAAUCAUCAUUUGCGUUACAAUGGUAGACAACAAUUAGGCAUGUUUCUUAAAGGUAUUGGGUUAUCCGUGGAUGAGGCAUUGAAAUUUUGGGCCAAUGAAUUUGUUUAUGCACCAGGAGCUCAUAUGACUUUGGACAAGUUUAAUAAAGAAUAUAGAUAUAACAUACGUCAUACGUAUGGUUUGGAAGGUAACCGAAUCAAUUAUAAACCGUGGGAUUUCCGUACUAUACUAAGCAAACCUCGACCUGCAAGGGGUGAAUAUCAUGGUUGCCCAUAUCGUGAUUGGAGUCAUGAAAAAUUAACAAGUUAUUUGAAAACCAAGAUGGGAUUGUCUUUAAGCCAAAUAAAUCAAGUAAUGGAAUCUGUAGAACAACAAGAAUAUGCAAUGGCAUCCACAAAAGUGUUUGAGAUGACCAUUGGCAAACUGCCAGAGGGAGUUACACACAUCGUACAUCCAAAUCAAUACUUUGAUCUAGCUCGUGCUAUCCAUAAGAGGCAAUCUAAUGCUAAUGAUGCUUAA